GGAUUUGGGUGUACGCACGCACGUUUGUUGGGCUAUACUUUCUUUCUUCCUAUCUAUCCCCCCUUCCUUCCUUCCCGUCCUGGUUCGCAGGCAGAGGCAGGACAGAUUGAAACCCAGCUGUGUUCAUCGCUUUUGGUCGUUGCCAUUUUCCCCCCUCAUUGCCCGGUGAUGUUGGAUAUGGGAGAGCGCAAAGAGGUGAAAAUGAUUCCGAAAUCGUCGUUCAGUAUAAACAGUUUGGUGCCGGAGGCCGUGCAAAGCGACAACAACAACCACCAGAGCCAGCAUCACCACCAGAGCCACCACCACCACCACCACCAGAACCACCACCGGCCCGGCGGCGCGGACGAAGCCGAGCAGAAAGCUCCUCUCCCGGCCCCGCAGCAGGACGGAAAAGCGGACCCUAAAGGUGACUCGUCGAGCCCGGAGAGCGGCCCGGACGAGAAGGAGAAGCAGCAGCAGCAGCAGCAGCAGCAGCAGCAGCAGCAGGAGGAGAAGAAGGACGGGAAAGACGGGGACGGCGGCGCCGGAGGCAAGGACGGAGAAAAGAAAAGCGGCAAGUACGAAAAACCCCCUUUUAGCUACAACGCGUUGAUCAUGAUGGCCAUCAGGCAGAGCCCGGAGAAGCGGCUCACGCUCAACGGCAUUUACGAGUUCAUCAUGAAGAACUUCCCCUACUACCGGGAGAACAAGCAGGGCUGGCAGAACUCCAUCCGCCACAACCUCAGCCUGAAUAAGUGCUUCGUCAAGGUGCCGCGGCACUACGACGACCCGGGCAAGGGGAACUACUGGAUGCUGGACCCCAGCAGCGACGACGUGUUCAUCGGCGGCACCACCGGCAAGCUCCGGCGGCGGUCCACCACGUCGCGGGCCAAGCUGGCCUUCAAGCGGGGAGCCCGGCUGACCUCCGGACUGACCUUCAUGGACCGGGCCGGCUCCCUGUACUGGCCCAUGUCCCCCUUCCUCUCCCUGCACCACCCGCGGGCCGGCGGCGCCCUGGGGUACAACGGCACGUCCUCGGGCUACCCGGGUCACCCCAUGUCCUACAGCACCAUGCUCACCCAGAACAUGGGCAACAACCACUCGUCCUUCCCGUCCUCCAACGGGCUCAGCAUGGACCGGCUGGUCGGCGGGGAUCUCCCCUACGCCACGCACCACCUGACGGCGGCGGCCCUGGCGGCCUCGGCGGUGCCCUGUGGCCUCUCCGUGCCUUGCUCCGGGGCCACUUACUCCUUAAACCCGUGCUCGGUCAACCUGCUGGCCGGGCAGACCAGUUACUUUUUCCCCCACGUCCCGCACCCGCCCAUGACCACGCAGACCGGCGGCGGCGGUGGCGGCGGCGGCGGCGGCGGCUCCCUGCAGGCCGCCCGGGCUUCGGCCUCCAAUUCCCCUCAGGCUCCGUCCUCGUCCUCGCUGCCCUGUGACUCUCUGCGGCCGGCUCUGUCCGGCUCUCUGCCGGCCUUCUCCUCGGGACUUUCCGGGGGUUUGUCUGACUAUUUUACGCAUCAAAACCAGGGGUCGACCUCCAACCCCCUUAUACACUAACACCCCCAGACCCUCAGCCCCAGCCCGACCCCUCCACCUUACCUCGCCUCUCCAUCCAUCCAUCCAUCCAUCCAUCCUCUCAUUCCGUCCCCGAAGGAGUGAGAAUCUUAAAAUGACUGGAACUGUAAGUUGAACAUUUUCCACUGAACAUUUACAUUGUAAAAAAAAAACGAAAAUGACAAAAUUAUUAUAAAACUACCAACUAUAGAAAAAAGAGGAGAGACUUAAACUGCAAAACAAAAAAGAGCAGCACAGAGAAACACUCAGAGAAAGCAGCCCUGAAGUUUCCAGGUAUUUUUUAUUCUUAUUAUUCUUCUUCUUAUUCUGAUGAUGGCUUCUUCUCCUCCUCCUCCUUCUUCUUCUCCCUCUGCUCCAUCCUCUCCUGCAGUUUUAAUUUCUGUGUACAUAAUGUCUGUUACUCUAAGUGUCCGGGGUUUGUCUCUGUAUAGUUGUGUCAGUCAGCGACAUGCAAUGUGAUCUGAGAUAAAAACAGAGAACGGUCAGAGGCUGUAGGCUGAUUUAUUAUUAUUAUUAUUUUAUUUUUUUUUUUUUUCAUUUCUGUUGCUGUUGUUGGAGGAAGCAUUACUUUUUAUAGAAAGUGUAUUUAAAAUAGUUUGGUCUAAUUUUGAGAGUUAAAAAAAGGUAAUAAUAAUAAGAAUAAUAUCUCUAAUAGCCGGUUUGCCCGCAUGUUUGCAGUAUUAUCAGGUAUCAUGUGGGUUAGAGAAGAAGCGGCGGAGAACGGUUUUAUUUUAAGAAAUUUAAACACUAAUUUUUUUAUUUUUGAUUUUGAUUUUCUAUACAGUGAAAUGUGUUUUUUUUUUUUUAAGCAGAAAGUAAAGCGACUCUGGCUCCCGCCGUUAAUGUCCCGAGGCUGUUUUUCUCCACUCAUUCAUCUCCCUGUUUAAAAACUGUUGAUGUACUUUUUAUAGACCAAAGAAUCGGUUUUUAGAAAAUUUAGAACCAGUAUUGAGCUGCAUAACAUGAGAGGCCUGUCGUAGUAGGAGCUCAGGAGUGGCCGGGUGGAUGGAUGGGUGUGUGAGUGAGUGGGUGAAUGAAUGAAUGAGGGGAUGAAUGAUGCCUCAUUCACUGCAGAAAAUAUCCAUUUAAACGAGAUUUUUGUCGCGGUUUUUUGGGAUCCUUCUUUUCUUAAAUUAGCGGAAAUUCGAACGGAGUUUGGUGGCGCCGAUUUCAAACUUUUCCACGGAUGCUUGUGGCUGCAGCCGGAGGGAUUUGGCCUCAAUCCGCCUCGCCUCUCUUUUCUUCACUUCUUUUUUUAAUCGAAUGUCAAGCGGCGUGAGGGGAACUCGUCUCUGGCAAAAAUCCGGGGUUUUCACGGCUGAAUUUUGAGCGUAAAUGUCUCGUUUUCUGGAUGGAUGUUUUCCGCAGUGGCAGCCUGUGAUGUGCUUUUCUCUGACUGUCAACGUGAUCGCCGAUAAAGAAAAAAAAAAAAAGAGAAAAAAAAGAAAAACGGACGUUCACGCUUCUUCUUU